UCAUAUCAUACUUUUCAUUUGUCUGUGGUAGAAUUUCCGCAUUGCCAAUCAAGUUACAAUAUGAUCUGUAUUUAUCUUAUAUUUAAUUAAUCUUUUCGUUUGCUAAUUUGUAACUAAAGGAGAAAAUGUAUUAUCAAAUAUAUCGAUAAUGUUAUACUUGCAUUUAUUUCCACCUGUUAUGUGAAGUACUUAAGGAAACGUAGAUAUAACUUUCACUUAUAUUUAAUAGUAAAUAAAUAACAAUGGGCAGCAAUUAUACUUCAACUUUUAUGUCUAGAAAUUCAGCUUUUAGUCCUUAUAGACUACUAAGAAGAGAAAUAGGAUUACCUACCCCCAUUGGCAGCGAAAAUGCAUUGUCAAAAAGUCUUUAUUGUGGCAUGAAACCAAUUGCUUACUGGGAUUACGAAAAAAAUAAUGAUGUUCCUACUGGAGGAGUGUUUAACCUCGAGUUCUCUCCAGAAGGAAAUUUGUUGGUGGCAGCUUGUGAGAAAAGAUCAAUACAGAUAUUUGAUCCUCUAACACAUGAUAGAAUUCAUUCGGUAAAUGUGGCACAUUCAGAUUGCGUUAAUUGUGUUAAAUUCUUAGAUAGCAGAAUGUUUGCAACAUGUUCUGAUGAUGCUACAAUAGCGUUAUGGGAUAUUAGGAAUUUAGGAAGAAAAAUCUGUUCACUAAUUGGUCACUCUAAUUGGGUGAAGAAUAUUGAAUUCUCCGUUAAAGACAAAUUGUUAGUUACAUCAGGGUUAGAUGGUAGUAUAUAUACGUGGGAUAUUAACACAUAUACAGAGUAUAAUGUUGUGCACCAUAGAGUUUUUCAUGCGUCUGAUUUGAUGAGAUGCAGACUGUCGCCUGAUGCUAAACAAAUGGUGAUGUGUACUACGGGAGGCUUGCUGGUCAUUAUACAUAAUUUGAACUUAUCAACAUUGGCACGUGAUAUGCGAGGAUUUAAACCGAACCUGUACAGGCUGAUGCAGAUGAGCCACCAGCUGAUCCCAAUAGCGGCGAUGUACGACCACCUGUUCGAUGAGGAUCGCCGCGAGAACCGCGUCGAGCUCGUCUCUGACUUCCCCGUGGGGAACGACGCGAAGGUCGUCAGCGCACUACAGAUCCAUCCCCAAGGCUGGUGUGCUUUAAGCAGAAAUAUCAGCCAUGGCGAUCGUUCAGAGUGGUCGUGCAUCCACGACAUCCAGCCCAUUGACCGUUCGGAUAAAUCAACGUUGGAUAUGGAGCCGCGCUCCCCUCCCCCGCUCACGCCAUCGCUGCUGCCGGAGCCGGCGCUGACGUCAGCCAACGUGCCCGCCCCCUCGCCCCCCUCGCCACCCUCGCCGCCCUCGCCCCGCGCGCCGCGCCGCACGCCCCCCGCGCGCGCCCGACUCAUCGCACGACCCUCAAACCUCAGACUGGCGUAUGAACGCUCCGCACACUCACGGGGGGAAGGUCGUAAUAGAAGAGAGGGUGAGGGAACACCGGCGGAGUCCGGGGGCAGUGCGCGGCGCGGGGCGGAGGGCGGUGCCGCGCAGCCCGCCGCCGCAGUCGCCGCCGCCGCCCCCACCGUCGCCACCGCCAACGCUAGGCUAGGAAGGGCUCUUCCUAGUAUACAAAAUGAUGUAUGGGAGGCGUCAAUAACAAUCAAACAGCACAGAAUGGUUCAAGAAAUGUAUAUAAGGGGUCAGCUGGGCCGAAACUUCAACAUGCAGCGAAUAAUGGGUUUCGCGACUGGUAUCGGAGCGCCCAUUUCGUUAGAGCAUGCGCGCUCCGCGACGCGCCUGCCCCCCGACCACGACGACUCCGCCCCCGACGAAGAUAGCACAACGCCGUCGACGUCGGGGCAGACGCCGGCGCAGCACAGCGCGGCGAGCGCGGCGAGCGCGGAGGAGGCGGCCGCUACCAAACACUACAUCAGACAGAACAGACAACGACUGCUCUAUUAUAUAGAGGAGACUAACGAAGGCAGGGGAUUUAUCAAGGUAAAGGAGCUGUGCUUCUCAUCAGAUGGUAGGUUAGUCUGCUCCCCAUUCGGUCGGGGGAUGCAUCUCUUGGCGCUGGACAAGGAGUGCAGCGAGCUGCCUCACUGCGUGCAGGACUUCCGCGGUCCCACACCACUGGUGGAGGUCGGCCAGAGCCUCGGCAUCCACCAGGACCUGGUCGUCAGCACCAAGUUCAGCCCCCGCCAUCAUGUCCUCGUCACCGGAUGUCUUGAAGGGAAAAUAGUGUGGUACGAGCCUUACAGCGGAGAGGAAUUGUUUUGAUCAUCCUGCUUAAUAUAAAUUGGAUUAGGGUUGUAACAGAGGCCAUUUUAACGGAAGCGGAUGCGGAUGCGGAGGCGAAGAGAAUCACGAAGCGGAGAUUAAUAAUAAAAUAUUAAUUGCGAUUUAUUAAAGAAAUAAAAACUAAAACUACGUUAAACCAAAAUACAGAUUGUUACAUAAUUACAAGAUACAGUUUAUUAUGCAGAUAUAAUGUAUAGCAAUUAUAGUUAGUUGACCUAGCACGCCGCCGGGUCGCAUAAAAGAUAUCUAAUCGCGCCACUCGCGGAGACAUAAGUUAACCUCCGUUAUAACUCCGCAUAAUAACGGAAGCGGAGUUAUCAUUCCAUUGCGGAAGUUCCGCACUUACGGAUGCGGAAGCGGAGUUCCGUUACAACCCUAAAUUGGAUGGAUGUUUGUUAUGUAUAUCCAGAACAGCUUAAUAGAUCUCGCUGAAAUUUGCAAUAAAUGUAGAAUAAAGAAUCUGGAAGAACUUGGGUUAGUUUUUUUUUUAAUUUCGUUGCGGGCAACAAUUUGUAGUAAAUGUGAGAGUUCAAUGAAUGUAAGCAUCUCCAGACUCAACAGAUCUGGAUAACGCACAAUCUGGCUGUAGAAUAGUCUAGAACAUAUUCUACUUUUUUAAAAUUCCCGCAAAGUCACAGGCAAAGCCAUUACUUAAUAAAUUUAUGGAUAGAC